CUCCCGUCAGUGCGGUGACUGCGCUGGGAAACAUGGCGACCGAGGGGAUGAUCCUCACUAACCACGACCAUCAAAUCCGGGUCGGAGUCCUCACAGUGAGUGAUAGUUGCUUCAGGAAUCUUGCAGAAGAUCGCAGUGGGAUAAAUCUCAAAGAUCUUGUACAAGAUCCUUCUUUGUUGGGUGGGACUAUAUCAGCAUACAAGAUAGUACCAGAUGAAAUAGAAGAAAUCAAGGAAACCCUCGUAGAUUGGUGUGAUGAAAAGGAACUUAAUUUGAUACUAACAACUGGAGGAACAGGGUUUGCACCACGAGAUGUCACUCCAGAGGCCACAAAAGAAGUAAUAGAACGGGAAGCACCAGGGAUGGCCCUGGCAAUGCUGAUGGGAUCACUUAAUGUUACACCUCUGGGCAUGCUCUCUAGGCCUGUAUGUGGAAUCAGAGGGAAAACUCUCAUAAUUAACUUGCCAGGUAGCAAGAAAGGAUCUCAGGAAUGCUUUCAGUUCAUACUGCCAGCCCUACCUCAUGCCAUUGACCUUUUACGUGAUGCCAUUGUAAAAGUAAAAGAAGUGCAUGAUGAACUUGAAGAUUUACCUUCCCCACCACCACCUCUUUCCCCUCCUCCCACAACUAGCCCCCAUAAACAGACAGAAGACAAAGGGGUUCAAUGUGAAGAGGAGGAAGAAGAGAAGAAAGACAGUGGUGUUGCUUCAACAGAAGAUAGUUCUUCAUCACAUAUAACUGCAGCAGCCAUUGCGGCCAAGAAGCAUCCAUUCUACACCAGUCCUGCUGUUAUCAUGGCACACGGUGAGCAGCCCAUCCCUGGUCUCAUCAGUUAUUCCCAUGAUGCAACAGGCAGUGCAGAGGAACCGAUUCCAGACUCCAUCAUUUCUCGUGGCGUUCAGGUGCUCCCACGAGACACAGCCUCCCUCAGCACUACUCCUUCAGAAUCUCCUCGUGCUCAGGCUACAUCUCGCCUAUCUACGGCUUCCUGCCCAACACCAAAAGUCCAGUCCAGGUGCAGCAGCAAGGAGAACAUUCUCAGAGCCAGUCACAGUGCUGUUGAUAUCACCAAGGUGGCUAGAAGACACCGCAUGUCUCCUUUUCCUCUAACAUCUAUGGACAAAGCCUUUAUCACAGUCCUGGAGAUGACUCCGGUGCUUGGGACAGAAAUCAUCAACUACCGAGAUGGAAUGGGGCGAGUCCUUGCUCAAGAUGUAUAUGCAAAAGACAACCUACCCCCGUUCCCAGCAUCAGUAAAAGAUGGCUAUGCUGUCCGAGCUGCCGAUGGCCCAGGAGAUCGUUUCAUCAUUGGGGAAUCCCAAGCUGGUGAACAGCCGACUCAGACAGUAAUGCCAGGACAAGUCAUGCGGGUUACAACAGGUGCUCCAAUCCCCUGUGGUGCUGAUGCAGUAGUACAAGUGGAAGAUACUGAACUGAUCAGGGAAUCUGAUGAUGGCACUGAGGAGCUUGAAGUACGAAUUCUGGUGCAAGCUCGGCCAGGCCAAGAUAUCAGACCCAUUGGCCAUGACAUUAAAAGAGGGGAAUGUGUUUUGGCCAAAGGAACCCACAUGGGCCCCUCAGAGAUUGGUCUUCUGGCAACUGUAGGUGUCACAGAGGUUGAAGUUAAUAAGUUUCCAGUGGUUGCAGUCAUGUCAACAGGGAAUGAGCUGCUAAAUCCUGAAGAUGACCUCUUACCAGGAAAGAUUCGAGACAGCAAUCGUUCAACCCUCUUAGCAACAAUUCAGGAACAUGGUUACCCCACAAUCAACUUGGGAAUUGUGGGAGACAACCCAGAUGACUUACUCAAUGCCUUGAAUGAGGGUAUCAGUCGUGCUGAUGUCAUCAUCACAUCAGGGGGUGUGUCCAUGGGGGAAAAGGACUAUCUCAAGCAGGUGCUGGACAUUGAUCUUCAUGCCCAGAUCCAUUUUGGCAGGGUUUUUAUGAAACCAGGCCUGCCAACGACAUUUGCAACUUUGGAUAUUGAUGGUGUAAGAAAAAUAAUCUUUGCACUACCAGGGAAUCCUGUGUCAGCCGUGGUCACCUGCAAUCUCUUUGUUGUGCCUGCACUGAGAAAGAUGCAAGGCAUCUUGGAUCCUCGGCCAACCAUCAUCAAAGCCAGGUUAUCAUGUGAUGUAAAACUGGAUCCUCGCCCAGAAUACCAUCGGUGUAUACUGACUUGGCAUCACCAAGAACCACUACCUUGGGCACAGAGUACAGGUAAUCAGAUGAGCAGCCGUCUGAUGAGCAUGCGCAGCGCCAACGGAUUAUUGAUGCUUCCUCCAAAGACAGAGCAGUACGUGGAGCUCCACAAGGGCGAGGUGGUGGACGUCAUGGUCAUCGGACGGCUAUGAUGGUCACCAGCGGGAGAAAGCUUUGAUGCAUGUCUACAUACCAUUGACUGUAUCCUGUAAUAUGCAACGGCACAGCUAGUUUUUCUGAUUUGGAUAAAAGUUGAUCUGUAUGGUCAACAUCUUUUUUUUUUUUUUGGUCAACAUCUUGAACUAUAUUUCAAAAGAAUUUAAAUACCUUUUAAAGAAAAAAACACCUAAAAAUAAAUCUUAACAGACAACUCUAUUCUGAUUAUAUCAAAGCAAAUUUUUCCUUUCUUGCAAAUUGCUUUGUGUGUUCAAUGCUAGGUCUGAUAGCGAUAGCUUUUAGUAGACAGCAGUAGGUGCCUGCAGAACUUGUGUUUUUCUCAUCUUUAAAAUACAACUACUUAUGCUCUUAAAUCAAGGCUGUCUGCUUAUUUAUACUAGCGUAGGCAACACUUGGAUUUCCCUUCCUAGUAUGCUUCAUAACCGCUUUACAGAGAGCUUUUGCUUGUUCUUUAUCAUGUAUCUCGUGUUUAUGUGCACAGUGCCAAACAAAGAGUGACUGGGUGGUGGCCCUGCCCUGCCUCAAGGAGAACCAUCCCCGCAGAGCAUUCGGGGGUGGGGGGGCCUCGCAUCCCAGUAGCCUCAUGGCACAGUACUCUUGGGCAGUAACUGGAUACCUUUUAUUUGAACAAACAAACUGGGGUGGGGGGGAAUGCUUCCUUAAGUGCUGACAGCCUUUUUAACCAAUACAUUUAAAAUUGUACAGAAUAAAAAAUAAAAGCAAAGACUGAUCUUGUACAGAUAUUAGUGUUACCAGCAUUCAUGUGGAAAUCAAGAGCAAAGAAAAAACAAUGUUAAACAACUCUGUACCAUAACAUUUUCUGUAAUGAUACUGAAACUUAAUGAAUAAAAAAAAUCCUCGAUCAUUAUUUAAAA